AUGGGAAUCAUUGGAUCUCUACUCUACCUUACUGCCAGUAGGCCAGACAUUGUAUUUGGUGUAAGAUUAUGUGCAAGGUUCCAAUCAAAUUCUAAGGAAUCUCAUCUGAAGGUUGCUAAGAGAAUUCUGAGAUAUUUUAAGGGCACACAGAACCUGCAAAACUUUGAAUAUUUUGGUGUAUACAUUGAUGGUGUACCGCUUCUAUGUGUCAACACCAGUGCUCUCAACAUGGCUAAGAACCCUGUUCUACACAAGAAAACCAAGCACAUUGAUGUCAGACACCAUUUUCUCAGGGACAAUGUGAAAAAGGGUCUUAUUUGUAUAAGAUUUUGUUGCAUAGAAGAUCAAAUUGCAGAUAUCUUCACCAAAGCUCUGAGCAGGGAACACUUUGAGAAACAAGAUGGCACUGUGAUUACUUAA